AUCGAAACUAUGAUGUAUGAAGAGGAAAAGGUUGUGGGCUUUAGUCAGACAAGCCUGCCAUGAAGAUUCGAAUGCAAUUGCCCGCUCACCAGAGCGUAGAUGGAAUAUCUCCCUUGAUGUGCAGGCAAACUUCCGAGUGCAGCACAUGUCUUCCCGCUCUACUGUGGACGAUGAGUCCUUUGACCAGACGCAUGGCUCGGGGCGACUGCGGCUCCAAAACUUCACUUGUAGCAGAAUUUGACUGCCGUGGCGCCACCUCCAUUUCUCUCCAGCUACGCUUCCAGAGGAUAAGGUGUGUUGUCUGACAUCUCUAGAAUUUGUGAAGAUGAGUGCGAAAUAAUCGAAUCGGAGAAUAAGACUCGUCCGAGGUCCUGUGAUACUAUUACAAAAGGUGUACGCCGAAUCGGCAUGCGCAAUC